UUAUUAAAAUCUUUAUCAUGCUGAUGUUAACUUUUUACAAUUUAUUGUCUUUAUAUCAUCAUAAAUUCCACAACAGAGGGAAAAAAUCAAAGAUCACUGCAUCUCGCAGACUGGCUCUCAAGACCAAGCUGCUGAAACAGGCAACAGUGAUGUGGGAGAAGGAUAAAGAGGACAAGAAGAGAGAAAGAGAGGCGACUUUGAAUGAGAGACUUCCUCCCCUCCAGCUGUCUGGUUUGUCUCUGCAGGACCUGCAGGCCCUGUGCAAAGAACUGCAAACAAAGACUGAUUCUGUUGACGAAGAACGUUAUGACAUCAACUCCAAGGUGGUCAAAAAUGACAAAGAGAUUGAAAACCUGAAUCAGAAGGUCUUUGAGCUGAAGGGUAAGAUGAAGCGACCUGCUCUGAAGAGGGUGAAGAUCUCUGCCGACGCCAUGCUGGGAGCUCUGUUUGGUGCUAAGGUCAAAGAGUCUGUGGACUUCAAGGCCAACCUGAAGACUGUGAAGAAGGAGGAGGAGAAGAAAGAGGAGGUGACUGACUGGCGUAAAAACGUGGAGGCCAUGUCUGGUAUGGAGGGCAGAAAGAAGCUGUUUGAUGCCGGACAGUAGACUUGAUAUUUAU